UCCGCACCCGGAAAAACUUUCAAAGCUACUGAGCAUGCGUUUACACUGGGGAUAGCUAGCUUCAGUUACAUUAAUAUAAAGAAAAUCUGACCAAAAUGUCUUCAAAAAGUCAGGAUAACGACGAUAACUUUGAAGGACAGUCUGCAUUGAAGGAGGAAUUGAACAAAAAGAUCAAGGAGCAGAAGGUUUUACUGGAUGAGCUCUCUAAUCUGAAGAAAAGCAGGAGAGUCUACAUUCAGCAAAGGAACAGUAACAUUUUCUUUCUAGCAGACAGAAGUCAGACGCUGGGUUCAUGCAAACAGGAACUGGAUAGCAUGAAAAAGGAUCUGCAGGAUAUGUAGGACUGACCUUCACCACAACAAUGUGUGGCAUCUUCUGUCUGUUGAGUCUGUCACCUGCUCAGUUAGAGUGGGACAAAACAGUCCAUGAACAUUUGCAG